ACCAUUUCAUUGGAUGAGUUAAGAGCAUCUCUAAGCUCACUGCACAGUUAACGAAUAAGAAAAUUUAAGUAGAAAAGUCAGUAUAACCCAUAGCCCCUCAAGGGAGGUACGUUGAUGCCUCUAAGGGAUUCUUGAUCCAAGGAACUGGGUUUAUCCUGCCUCCUGGAUUCAACCUGAUUGUCUUCUAUUCUCAUAUCAUAAUGUUUGGCUUUAGUGGCUUGUUCUAGUUUUUCAGGUAAUAUGAAAAUAUUGUGAAGAAUGCCACCAUUUAAACAAGUUGUGAGUCUGCAGACAUUUACGCUCAGAAAAGUGGCUUAUCUGAUCAGGCGACUCUGUUGUGACCACAGUCUUACAACUGAUGACUUGAUACCAGUAGUAAACCAUCUACAUAUCUUCCUUCCUCCACAGAUUCAAGCUUCAGUUUGUCAUACACUUCUUCAUGAGUCACAUAAGAUUGUGUUCCCUGAACUACUCAAUCAGAAUUACCUGUUCAUUUGUACACAGCUGCAUGCUGAGUACAUAUGGAUCAAUGAUAGUCGAAGUGUUAUGCCAAUGUUGGAGGACUUGGAUGGGCGGAGUGUUAGAACACUCAAGAUGACUGGCUCUAAUGGCCAGUUGGACUUUGAUUUGGAGUCCAACACCUAUGAUUUUCAGCAAAUUAUGAAACUUGAACCACUUUAUAGGUUUCUUAGAACAUUAACAAAUCUAACAACAUUGAAAUGUUCUCAGCUGUGUAAUAACUUUAUGCUUCAACUUUUAUCAAAAACUUGUCCUCACUUAGAAGAAGUUAGCAUUGAAAUGUGCACUGAUGUAGAUGAUGAAGGAAUAUUCCACUUAGGUGGUCAUUUUCCAUCUCCAGAUACAUAUUUUCAAAUAAGGAGAGGCAUUCAAAUACCCUCUAAGUCUGUUUGCACAAAACUCAGAAAGAUCAAUUUAGAGUAUACACUAGCGUGCACAGCCAGUGCAGUGAUGUUACUUCAUUUGUGCCCAAAUAUUGAAGAACUUAUGGUUACACCUGAUGUUAAUAUAGGAGAUGUGUUUACAACAUUACAUGGUAUUAACCCAGACAAAUAUGAAGAAGUUACUAGUAAAUACUCACUUAAAAUUUUACAUACAUACAUGGAACUUGAUGAAAAUGUUUUAGCAUUGAUUGUCAAGACAUGUCCUUACCUACAUGAUGUAACAUUAAAGUGUAAUGGAGUGGAGAGAAAAGAUAGAAAUUUUCUAGCAAAUUUACUUGGUCUAAAUCUUAAAACCCUCAAUGUUAUGAACUGCAGCAUGUCUGCUCUAGUAUGGUAUUUGGAGAAGCGAGGAAGCCAUCUGUCAUCCUUAACUAUUCAACACCUUACCAUGGCACCUUUAAGUGUGACAUUCACUAGAACUCACCUUCAGCAUGUAAUACAAACCUGUCCAAAUUUGCAGAGCUUUACAUUAAAGCUUAACAACAAUCCAAUUCAACCUGAUGUGCCUUAUUCAGUAUUUGGUUCCCGUUUAUUGUAUUUUACGACCCUUUCUCAUUUGACUCUGGAAGGCACAACAAUCACAUCAGAUGAUCUUUCAGUAUUAGUAAGUAGGUGUGAAUCUUUGCGUGAAUUACAUAUUCUUUUUCAUAAUUUAGACAUGUUAGAAGAUCAUGUACUGUAUGAUCUCUUGGCUUCUGGCGGUUUACACAACUUAUGGACACUAUUCCUUCAUCGCCCAAUGUUGACACUAGCUGGUCUAAGAAGAUUACUUUGUGAAUGUCCUCAGUUACAUACUGUUGGACCUCUUUCUUCUUGGGCUAUAAGUAAGAAGGAUCGAGAAGCACUGCGUAAAGAAAUUAGGAAUAAGAAUUGGGACUUAAAUGUUGAGAGUCCUGAGAUGAUGCACAUGUUUAUACUUUGAGAUAUAACACUGCACUGCUGUUUAAAGACAAGAACAUUAUCACCAUAACGUAAUUGAAAUACAGUGCUUGUAGUACAGUAUUAUCAUGAUAGCUUCUCCCUUGUUAAUGUGUAUUCAUUUAUUUUAUUAAUUCAGCAACAGUAUCUUUGUAGGCCAAUCAGUUUUUAUGUACUUGUCUCACUUCAUAGUUGUAGCCAAAAAAAAUAUUCAACUCAGUUGCUUGCACUUUGUUUAAGCUUUCUUAUAGUUUCAUAGCACUCCAUAUUGUUACAUAUUUAUACAGCAAUCAAAAAUUUUAUAUUUAUGUUCAUUUUUGUAUCCAGGUCAUUCCAUAACCAAAUGGACCAAUUUUAAAGAUGAAUUCUGCCUGACCAUCUCCAAAUUUGUUGAAACGUUAUGUAUAGUUUCAUAUAGGUUUCAGAUGAAAUUAUAUGGAGUUUUAAAUUCAGGUAUACUAUAGCUUGGACAGCAGGCCCCUCAAUGUGAGGGGGAGGUAACCAAAACUGUCAUUGAUGCAAUCACAACAGCAGGUGUUUUAUAUAAAUUAAGUAUUCAUAAGUUAUAUAAAUUUGGAGAAAUAUCAGUUAGAUAAGAAUAAUGCUGUCUAGUGGACAUGACUUGCUCACCAAUGGUAGGAGGUUGGGCACUGCUUGUGGCCCAGCAGCUGGAAAAAGGAAGGCCUCACAAGUGAGGUUUGGUGUUCGAGAAAAUCAUCAGAUGGAACUAUCCAAAAUUUGUGCAUUACUUAUUUUUUUAAAUUUAUGGAGCACAAUAUUAAUUCUUUUUUUCCCUUGCUAUAAUUCACCAAAAACCUGCAAUUAGAAGAACCUUAUAAUGACACUUCAUCUUUUACAAGCUUCAGGAGAUGCCAAAAACGAAAUGAUCCCAUGCAUAGGAAGCUGCUCUCACACUUUUUUCAAACUGGGCAGAGAUGACUCAUACAGAUACCAUAUAGAAAGAUGCCCCCGGCACCAUACAUGAGGACUGCGAAAUGACUUUAACAGUUCCCUGUAUAUUAAUGAACUGUCCUAUCAGAGAGCAUGUAGAAUUCACUUUCAACAUCUUCAACACACUCACAGUUCUCCUCGCUGAAAGUCUUACCUUUCACAGAGACUCCCUUUGUGACUUAAAUUUUUUUUUUU